AUGCCCUCGGAACCAGGGAAUCAAUCAUGGCAUCCUGCCUUUAUGCCGAAUGCUGCUGCAGAUAUAAUUACUUCGGAAACUCUUUCACAACCAAUUGCAGAUGCGCACCCGCCCGCUGCCGAACUCAAGCCUACGGAUCAUCCAGUGAAUGGAGAACAACCAACGGUUGGAAAUGACACAACAUUGGACGAGACUUCGGAUGCGUGGAAGGGGCCGGACGUGGAGGAGGAUGUUAUGAGAGGAGACGCGGAACCUUUCGAAUUAACAGAUCUGCGAAGCGCGCUCACAUCAUCGUUGAGAAGUCCUGGAGGUGUAGAAAUGGAUGAGAGUCCAUCACACGAAGAAGUACUGGAAACAAAUGUCGCCCAAGAAGUCAAAGCGGAUUUUCCAACCACCGGUCCUUCGAAUGAUAGUAAACACGUCAGUACGAAUUCAUUCGCAAGGACAUCGCAUGAAGUAAAUUGGGGUGAAGAUGAUGAAGUAGAUCCCGAAUGGAAUUUAUCGCGUACGAAUACAGAUCCUUUCAAAAUGAUGCCUAAAUCCGAUCGAACAAACUCCUUUCCUAUCGUCCCUCCUUCUCACGAACAAGAAACUUUACACUCGAUACCACAUUCUCAAGUCGAGGAUAUCAUGAAUGAGGUGGAACAGUCACCACAUAACACGUUCUUCGAUGAGGCGCAUGAUGCUGAAGAGGACUUCUUCACACAACAGAGCUCGGGCGAUGCUUUCAAUGACGUACACGAUUCCCAAGAAACACAACCUGCAUUGGGAUAUUUACCAGAUUAUGGUCAAUCUUACGGGGGAGAUGUCGAACAAGAAGAGGAUGAGGAAUCUCGCGCACGAUUUGAAGAAGGAAUCCCACUUGUACAGCCUUCUGAUGAAGCGCAAACUCCUGUCGCUGACACAGAUCACUCUAUGUUUACACAUACUGAAGGUACGGCAGAAGAAAACGGCUUUUUUGAUAAAAGCAAUAAAUCAGCUCCUCAACACUUAGAUAUAGGUCAACCAUCACUUGAAAGAAAAUCAACUAUGCAAGUUAUGGAUUCAUUACAUUUUCAGCAAGACGAUCGAACGCUAGAGGCAACAUCAGAACUUUCCGAAACAGAGGUUAUUGUCCCGGAUCCAGUCAUGGAUAAUGAAAAUAUCCCAAAAAAUGCCCUUCAAGACGCAUUCGACGGGCCUGAUUCCGAAUUCCCGGCGACCUUAGGCGGAGAGGCUGGUGAGACCAGUAGUGAAGAUUUGGCUGCCAAGUGGCAAGCCGCCCUAGACGAUGAAUUUCUUGAUGAUGAUGAUGAGCUCUUACCAGAUGAGGAUGAGGAUGCUAACGGCAACGACAAGGCUGUUGAUCCAGCCGCGUUUUUUGGGAGUGAUGAUGAAGGAUUCUUGGAUGAUGUCGAAGAAACCACAGAUGUCGAUGGCUUGAAUAAUCACGUGACUGCAUUCGAUGCUAAUGGAACGAAACCACAAGCUACUAGUAGUCGCUAUACACCAGCAGAGGCAGUUCCGGCCACCCAGCCACAAUCCAAUAAACCUUUUGCACCGGCUGCACCAUUCUUGACCGACCUUUCGAGAUCGAAUACUACUCCAGAAACUUCUUUGUCAUUCAACCCUGCUGUCGCUAUGGGGAGUUAUCCAGUACAACAACGUCCUGAAUUACCUAAAGCUCAAAGUUUUGCCGACAAAGCUAAAGGGGGUUACGCAUCUCCUUAUGAUUUGCCAAUGGAAGUUGUAAAACCUCGUAAACGAGUAAGCACAAAUCAAAUGAAUCGUGGAUAUAAUGCAUCAGCUCCACCAGCCCCUCCCAGAGCUGCCAGUCUGAACAACCCACCACCAAGUGCCUAUCCUCUGCAGCAACAACAGCAAUCUGCGAUGAAUACUCCUCCUGCUGGGUCCAGUGCUCAAAAACCGAAGUCCGGUGCGGAUAGUGGUUUCUUCGAGGAUCUUCCUAUUCUUUCCAGACCCAAGGCUGCUCCUCGACACCAAACGACACCUGCACCUUCUCAAUAUACUCCGUCAAUCAAUGCUGUGCAUUCACAAAACUACCCACCCGCUUCUUCCCACCCUCCUUAUUCGACACCAAUUCAUCAAGAAGCGACCAUGCGACAACCAUCACCCCUUCAGCCACCCAUGCAAUCACCUCCAAUGGUUCAAGGUGGCUUGAUAGCCCCUGAGCGUGUAAGUCCUUAUGCUUCUAUUGCAUCGGCAGGUCAACAAUUACAAACCUCUGUACCUUCUGUAACAUCACGAUAUUCUCCGGCGCCACCCCCUUUACAACAUUCAACAAGCGCUCCAGUACCAGUCAUACAGGCUAGAUAUUCUCCUGCUCCGCCUCAACCACGGUCACAAUAUGCGCCAUCACCAUCAGCCCAUCUUCAAUCACCGCCGCAAGCGAUAUUACCACAUUUACCUCGAACUUCAAGUCCAUUGGCUCACUUUGAGAGAAGCCAAGAUGCGCGCGGGCAUGGUCCUGGUGGCGAGGUCGCAAAUUAUGAUCGUCGUAGCUCCUCGGGAUAUGAGCCUAUAUUGAGGGCACAUCCACUUCCACCGACCAGAGAGCUCGAUGAAAAUGAUGCCAGCAUACCGCAAACGCCGAUAUAUGGUGAACAGCCAAAGUUUUUUGCUUCACCUACACAAGGAAUGAGUUCGAUUUCUCAAACGUCACCCCCCAACUCAAGCAUUGCUGCUCGUAUGGCUAGAUCACCUCCGAAAAGAUCGUCGCCAUCGCAAUACAUGCCACAGCAUUCUUCUAAUACCCUGAGCCCACCUCCAGCUCAUGGCUUCGUCCCACCGCCAAGAUCCCAAACACAAUCUCCUGGUAGAGCUUUUGGUGGAUCUCGACUUGAAAUGAGUAUUCCUGAACCAUAUCAAAGACCAGCUUCUAUUGAGGCUCUAUCCCCUAGAAAUGCAUCCGCAUUUACCCCUACUCAACCAACAUUUCACGCCCCUGGGCGUCUCAGGGCGCCAUCCUUGGUUAACUACGUCGCCCCCAUAGAUGGCCGUGAACAUGAUUCUUUGCAAAGAUGGAAAGGCUGUCCUGUAUUUACCUGGGGUGUCGGGGGUACCAUGAUUACAUCUUUCCCCGUAGAUGUACCUCGAUACGGUAUGACUUCAACAACACCCAUGGUUGUUAGAAGUCCUGGAGAAGUAAAAGUCCGAAAUGUUAAAGACCUUGAUCCAUUAGAAAACAGGUUGACAAGCUUCCCUGGCCCAUUGAAGGGGAAAGCAAAGAAGAAGGAAGUUAUAUCUUGGUUGGCAUCUGGUAUAGAAAUUUUGGAGCAAAGUGCAUCGUACCUAAGAUCUCUCCAAGUUCUGUCUCAUGAUGACAAACGUACUGAGGAACGUUUACUUCUCUGGAAGAUUCUACAAGUAUUCAUCGAGAAUGACGGUAUUUUGGAAGGAAAUCCUAUUGUUGAGAAAGCUGUUAGAGCUGUCCUCUCCCCAGGUAUCGACAAUGAGGUUGGUCAAGAAUCGCCAUUAUAUGCAACCGGAGCAGAUCUCUCUGGCAUCUCAUCGUCAUCCACCAAUCCAACAACGGCUGAUCCCGUCGACCCUGCUGCUGUAGAUCGCAUGAGAAAGCAUUUAUUGAGAGGAGAUCGAGAGAAAGCUGUUUGGGAAGCUGUUGAUAAACGACUCUGGGCACAUGCAAUGCUCAUUUCAAACACUGUGUCAAAGGACCUUUACAAACAAGUUGCCCAAGAAUUCGUACAAAAAGAGGUGAAGAACGUUGGUGAUAACACUGAGCCUCUUGCUGCCUUGUAUGAGAUAUUUGCUGGCAAUUUUGAAGAAAGUAUCGACGAGCUCGUCCCACCAUCUGCUCGUGCCGGUUUUCAAAUGGUCAGCACAUCUACAUCAUUGACUUCUUCGAAGGAUGCACUUGAAGGUCUUGAUAGAUGGCGUGAGACACUUGGUCUUGUUCUAAGUAACCGAAGCACAGAUGACAGUAAAGCUUUAGCUGCAUUAGGAAAACUUCUUUCCGGUUAUGGCAGAGCUGAAGCUGCACAUAUUUGUUACCUAUUUGCCAGGACUUCAUCUGUAUUUGGAGGAAUUGAUGAUCCAAGUACAAAUGUGGUACUAAUUGGUUCUGAUCAUUUGAGACAACCAUUUGACUUCGAUAGGGAAUUGGAACCAGUUCUUCUUAGUGAAGUUUAUGAGUAUGGACUAUCGCUCUCGAAUACUUCUAGUAUCGUGACAUCCAACCCUCAUUUGGCAGUUUACAAAUUACACCAUGCUGCAGUCUUAGCAGAGUAUGGACAUCGACAAAAAGCUUUAGAAUACUGUGAGAGUAUUGCUUCAACAAUCACUUCUCAAACAAGAAGAUCACCAUAUCAUCAUGGUCAAUUAGUUUCAUCUCUUGAUGAUCUUAGCAACAGAUUAAAAUCGUCACCCAAGGAUGAAAACGGGUCUUGGAUCUCAAAACCUAGCAUUGAUAAAGUCUCUGGUUCCGUAUGGGCAACAUUCAAUAAAUUCGUUGCUGGUGACGAACAGGAUACUACCGAUACUAUAUCCAAUGCUGGAAGUCAGGCUGAUAUUGGUCCAUUCGCACGCAUUGCUGGUGGUACUCCAACUAUAAGCAGAUCACCGUCAGUUGCCGAUAUUUAUGGUAGCUCAUAUAAUGGAAGUGGAGGUUUGGGCAUUAACGGAAUCAUGUCAGCAACUCAACCACCACAAACCAAGGCAUCUUCGAGAUACGCCCCAGGCGCAAAUUCUACUUAUACUCCACAAGGAUCAUAUGAGCCACCAAGCUCCUCACAUGGUUCUCAGCCUAGAACUUCAUUUGAGGGUGGUAGAACAUCAGGCGAAUUCCGUCGAAACAUAUACGAACCACAAAGACAAAUGUCUUCAGAAUAUCGUCCAACUUCUCAGCAAUAUAAUCAACCCUCUAGCUUCACACCUCAAUCUAGUGGUUAUAGUCCAUAUACUGGUGGUGAUUCUCCUUACACUCCACAAGCUAUUCCUUCUGCAAUGGAAACUCCAUCAACCAAUUUCGAUUCACCACAACCUAUGAGUUUUGAUGGACAACCUUCGUAUCAACCACAUAUGGGAGGUGAUGAACCAUCUAGCAAUGGAUAUGAGCCUCCGACUGGAAGCUCUUACGAGCCACCCUCGUUAAGCACAGGAUACGAACCUCCAUCAUAUGAGCCUCAUUCGAUGGAACAACCUGAUUCGCCGAUCAGCACAAAGCCAAAGAAAAGCUUCAUGGAUGAUGACGAUGAUGACAUUCCUGCAUCGAAGGCGCCUGUAGAUACAAGUCGAGAAAAGACUAAAGUGGAGAAAGAUAGAGAAGCAGAUGAGGCUUUCCGCAAAGCUGCUGAAGCUGAUGCUGCAAAGGAUAAAAAGCCCGCUCCACAAAAGAAAGGUUGGGGACUUGGUUGGUUCGGAGGUGGUAAAAAGGACACCGCUUCGUCCGAUGCUGUACCAGACAAGAAAGCCGUUAGAGCUAAACUUGGAGAAGAAAGUAGUUUUGUCUAUGAUCCCGAUCUCAAAAGAUGGAUCAAUAAAAAAGCAGGGGCAGAAAACACCCCUACUCCAUCAGCAACUCCACCUCCACCAAGAGCUACAGGUCCACCAAGAUCAGCUAGCGGUAGCGUGAUGCCCAUUGCUGCAGGCCAUUUAAGCAUGCCUCCACGAUCCGUUAGCUCAGCAAGUGCACCACCUCAAAGAGCUAGUAGUGGUUCUAGUGACAUUGGGAAUUUAGCUGAUGGUGGGCUGGUGAAGUCUCCUAUGGCCCCAGCAAUGGCUAGGACGCAGAGUAACGGGAGUGCCAUGGGUGGAAAUUUGAGUGGAUUGAUGAGUACUGGAAGUGCGCCGCCCACUAGGCCAAGUACGGGUAUGAGCACUGCAUCCAGUAUUGAUGAUUUAUUGGGGCCGCCUACCGCGGGUUCAAGGAAGGGAACAGUUAGAAAGGGUAAGAAGGGGAGAGGAUAUAUUGAUGUUAUGGGGGAUAAGGCCGGGGGAAGUAGUGGGAGUCAGGGCUGA